GCCAAAUGAUUACAAAGAAGAAAUGUUGAAAUUAAUAGAGAGUAAAUUUGAGUUUGUUCCUCCAAUAAAUGACUUAAGAGAAAUGUUAAAAUCUGAGCUGAAUGAGAAAUGGAGGCAAUGGAAGGGUGAUCUAAAGUCAAUGGCAUAUGACCCUACUAAAACAAAAGAAGAAGUUGCAUCUCUUGUACCAGAUGAUAGGGUUGACCCAAAUCAAUAUCGUAGUUUGGCUUAUCAUUGGUUUUCUGAUGAAGGACAAAAAAUAGUAAAAUUAAUAGGCAAAAUCGUGCUAAGUUUGAAGAUGUUCAUUGUAUGGGUUCAAAAAGUCUCCCAAAGUUUAUUGAUGAGAAGAUAAAAAAGGGCAAAUGAGUGUUGCCUGGACGUAAAGAGAUUUACAUUGAUACCCGCAUUCGUAAAGAUGGAACAAUUGUCAAUGAAAAGGCUGCAAGAUUGAUUGUUCCUGAUGCUACUAGUGCUCAAAACCAUUUGAAUUCACUUAGUCCAAACAACAACGAAAAUAAU